AUGGGAGCAAACCAAACAAAAACCCAUAUUUACGCAGUUCCUGUUUCAUAAAAAUAGCAAGGAGAGACACAAAUAUAUAGAAACAUUAGAGGCCAAAAAGAAUUACUUGAUUUUCCUAGCAAAGAGAUCCAAACAAUCCAAGCAGUUAUAGAACAUGCCCACUCAAAGUUUAAAGACAGACCAUUUGUAGGCAAGAGAGACCCAAAAACUAAUUAGUUCACAUACAAAACAUACUCAGAAGAAUAUAGAGAUGCUAGAGGUGUAGGAUCAUCUAUAUAAAAGCUUUAUCUUACUCACAACACAAGCGAAUACAAGAAUAUUGGAGUUAAAUUAAUAGGUAUUUAUGCAAAGAAUCGUGUUGAAUGGAACACUGUUGAUAUGGCAUGUGCUCUUUAUGGUUUUACAUUGAUUCCCUUGUACGAUACUUUAGGAUCUGACACCAUUUCUUAUAUUUUUGGAUAGACUUAAUUAACUUCUUGUUUUUGCUCUGCUGCUAGCGUCAAAACUAUUCUUUCAACACAAAAUUUGUAAAAGCUUGUGAACAUAAUUUCUUUUGAUCCUCUUGAUGAAGAAACCAAAUAACAAAUCUAGUAGAGAGGUUUAAAUUUGAUGUAUUUUAGCGAUUUAGUGUUAUAAGGUACAGCUCAUUUAUUGGAUUUGCCAAACGAUGUUUCUCCAAAUACAAUAUUUACUUUUAGCUAUACAUCAGGAACUACAGGUCUACCAAAAGGAGCUAUGCUCUCACAUAAGAAUUUCAUAUCAAUUAUUCCUUCACUAGGCGAAAUAGACAUUAAUGAAAAUGAUAGCUAACUUUGCUAUUUACCUCUACCCCAUGUCCUUUAAAGAAUUUUCAAUGUAGUAUGCUGGUACACAGGAACUAAGAUAGCCUUUUUUGGAGGUGAUAUACUUAAAUUAAAAGAUGAUAUUUAAGAUUCUAAGCCUACUCUAUUUGUCUCUGUGCCAAGGCUGUUCAAUAAAUUUUAUGAUGUCAUCUAAGAUAAUUUAAAAAAGGUUUAAGGAUGCAAGUAAAGUUUAAUUUAAUCUGCGAUCAAAACCAAGCUAGAGAAUUUAAAAACUAAAAAUCAAUUAACGCACUUUUUUUACGAUAAACUUAUCUUCAACAAACUCAAGGAUGUCUUUGGAGGAAAAAUAAGGAUAGUUGCUAGUGGAUCUGCUCCUAUUUCAUAAGAGGUUUUAGAUUUCUUCAAAAUAGUUCUUUAAUGUCCUGUUUAUGAAGGUUAUGGCCAAACAGAAGGUACUGGUUUUUAAUUUUGCACUUCUAAAUAUGAUAUGAAUUCCUCAGGGUAUGUUGGUGGCGUGUGUCCUCAAUUAGAAAUGAAACUCAUCGAUGUUCCAGAAAUGAACUAUUUUUCAACUGAUAAAAAUGAAAAGGGAGAAAACAUUCCAAGAGGUGAGAUUUGUGUCAGAGGUAAUUCGCUUUUCCCAGGUUAUUACAAAGAUGAGGAAAAAACAAAAGAAGCCAUAGACGAUUAAGGUUGGUUACAUUCUGGAGAUAUUGGCUUACUUCUACCAAAUGGUUCUCUCAAGAUUAUAGAUAGAAGAAAAAACAUUUUUAAACUCAGUCAAGGUGAGUAUGUUGCUCCUGAAAAGGUAGAAAAUAUUUACAUUAGAGCCAGAGGAGUUUAAGAGGCCUUUUUGUUUGGAGAUUCUCUUUAAAAUUACUGUGUAGCCAUAUUAGUUCCAAAUCCAGACGAAAUCAAGAAAAUUGCAGCAGAAUUAAAUGUGAAUGCAGAUUAGGAUAUUAGCGUUUUGUGUUAAAAUUAAUAAAUUAUUAAUUUCUAUCAGAAGAAUACCUUUGAUCAUGGUAAAGCAAACAAGCUUUUUACUUUUGAAUAGGCAACAAAAGUACACUUAGAACCUAAAUCAUUUAUAUUAUUAGGUCUUUGUACUUCUACUUUGAAAUUAUAACGUCAUCAGGCUAAGUAGUAUUACAAACAAAUAAUUGAUUAAUUAUAUUCUUAAAAAUGA